AAAUGAUCAGUUCAUAUUUAGUGCUGGUACGCGACGGUCGACUUUUCCGAAAAUAAAAAGUAAAGCAUUUAAAAAUUAAAAUAAUUUUCUAAUAAUUAAAAAAAAAAGAAAAAAAAGUUAUAAUAAUAAUAAAAAAUUAAUUAAAAUACAACAAAAAGAAAUUAAAUAAUUUAAAAAAAUAAUAAGAGAAUAGAGAGCAUAAUUUAAACGAAACGAACGAGUAAUAAGCAAAAAAAAUUUAAGUUUAAAUUUGUGUGUUAAAGCUUUUGAGAAAUUAUUGUAUAAAACAAAUUACAGUUGAAAAAUCAAAGAAGAAACAACACGCAUACGAAUAUUUCUAAAAAAAAAGUAAAAGAAAAUACAACGAAAAUCCCAUAGAAAGAGAAAAAACAAAUAUAUAAAUAAAUUAUAUUCGAAAGUUUGUAAAAAAAUUGUUUAAAUUUAUACAAAAAAGAAAAAACAUUUUAAAGUGUAACGGAAAUUUAAAAACGAAUUUAAAAUUUUGACAUUUAUUUACACGUGGCAAAGUAACAACACAGUGUUUUUUUUUUUGUUUAAAUCAAAAUGGUCUCAAGAAAUGCCAAAAAGAAACAACAAAAUGUUGGCACAACAUCUUCCACAUCUAACAAUGCCGCCUCAUCAUCAUCAACAACAACAAAUUCAUCCUCCUCCAACAAGGCUGUGAAAAAGCUGGAUGCUGAUUUAGCACAUGCCACGCAAGCGCAAGGCAUUGCCAGCAGUACCUCUGGAGAAUUUCAUAUGGCUAAACACUUUAAGGCCUCAUCUUCGUCUUCAAAGUCGGCUAUUAGCGAAACCAGUGUAACCGAGAUACAAUCGAAUAACGAAUCAUUGUCAUCAUCAUCAAAAUUUAGCUCAAAAUCUCAGCAUCAUCAAGAGAUGUCGGAUGAAUUUUCCUCCAUGGGAAAAAUCAUAUCGUCUGUUGAUUUAGUUAGUGAGUCUGCCAUUAAGGAGCCGGUAUUUUCGGUGCCCAUAGAUGUAGUGGAAAUAACCACUAGUGGCAGUACCGGCAGCAUGAAAAAAGUUUUCUCUUCCAUCACCUCCUCAUCGCAAUCGACUUCACAGUCCAUGUCCCAAAAUAUGGCCUCUGUAUCAUCCUCCUCUAAAGCCAUAACUGAUGGUUCAGCUGGUUAUAUAGUGGAUGUUGAAUUUAAGCCAGAAACUGUUAUCAUAAAAGAUGAAUCAAUGGCUACUAAGCAAGCAUUUCAAACGCUGGCUAAAUCAACCAACGGUGCUACUGAAAUGACAUCAUCCUCAACCAUGUCAAGCCAGUUUAUAGCUGCAGAAUCAGUUAAUGGCAAAACAACCAGAGCUGAGCAGCAGAGUAACACCAACACUGAAAAACAACAUUAUACCAUACCAGCCACACAAGCAAAUACUAAUAAUAAAACCAUUACUAGUGGUUCAGACAAUAAUGUUCUUUUACCUGCCGAUACGUAUGAGGUAUUCAUGCCGCCAACACCAACACCUUCUACGUCAUCCAUGACGUCGAAUGUGUACAACAACACAAUCAACAAGUCUUCCAGGCCACAUUUUGAUGACUUCACUGCCAUCGACAAUAAUACGUCACUGACCAGUAUUGAGCAAAAUAAAGCUUCCUCCACCAACAUCAAUACAAAAAAUACUAGCAGCACCAUUACCUCUUCGUCCUCGACCUCUCAAGCAUUACGUGAUACCAAUAUUUCCAGUACCAACAGCGUAAAUAAAAAAUCUUUAAGCACGAAACAAGUUUCCGAAAAAGAGAGCUUAACCCAAGAGCAAUUGUCGAAGAAGAGUACUUCAAAGUCGAAGAAAGAGGUUUAUGAUGUCAAGACCAAGACUUGGAGUGAGUUUCAUGAGGCCACCAACGAUACUAAACAACCCACAUAUGAACGUUUCGUUAGCCAGGGUUCGGAUGGUACUUGCAAAGUUACGUACAAAAAGAAAAUCUAUGAUCGUCGUAACAACAAGUGGCGUAUCGUUGAAGAGAAAACUGUGAAUAAUGCCAAUGAAAAAGUAUUCCCCGAAAUAGUUGAUGAUGUCAUUAAUACUACGACCACUACAUAUACAACUAAAAUCUAUGAUUCGAAGCUGGGAGAGUGGAAAGUUGUUGAUGAGAAAUCGUUUGUUGAUUCUAAAGCGUAUGUGCCGCAAGACAUAGCUCGUGAGAUUGAGAAAGAUAAUACGGAUGUUGCCAACAUUACAACAACAACUGAGAUCACAAAGAUCUACGAUGCUAGUAUUAAUGACUGGCGUGUUCUAGAUGAGAAAACGCGUACCGAUGUCAUUGAAAAGAUUGUAGAGGCUCCCAAGAAAACCGUUUACAUCGAUGAGUACACUGAAAUUGAGAAAAAUUCAAAAAUAUUGGAAGAUAAUGAAAAUAUUGAAUACAAUUUAAACACGACUUCAAAACGUAAAGAUGUAACCGAAAAUAUUUACGAUGAAAUAAAUGAAACGCAAAUAAAUCGCAAGAAAUUAACCGAUUCACGAAAGGAUGGAGUCGAUAAAAGAACAACUCAAAUAACUACUCACACUGAAAUGUGCAUAUGUGAAAUUUGUACUUGCGGACGCCAUCAUUGUACAACAAGUGAUACAGCAUCGACAAUCUUAAAACAGGACACUCUUAUAGAAUCGACAGAUAUGGUUGACAAUGUUGAAACAACAAGAGUGCGCACAAAUACGUGGUCGAAAUCAGAUUUUGAAGACAAUGAAUCUCUAACCACAACUAGAAAAAGUGACAAAUACAUUCCCAAACCACUAACAGGUACCGAAAGACAUUUAGAUAGCACUAAGGAAGUAACAGAAAAUGAAGAAUACGAAUAUAUUAUACGAACUCAACCAGUGCGACCCCAUGACAACUUGAAGCCGGAAGGUGAAUUUUACAAACCCGAAAAGGAGCAGUAUAGAACGACCGAAAGACCAACUCCCGUCAAACCGGAAGAUAAUUUAAGACCAGAGGGUGAGUUUUACACACCCGAUAAACCAGGUUAUAGACCCUCGGAACGUCCUCAACAAAAAAGACCUGAAGACAAUCUUAAACCUGAAGGAGAAUUCUAUACUCCAGAAAAACCUGGAUACAGACCUGCAGACAGAACUGAAGUCAUAAUAAGAAAAGAUAAUCUUAGAACUGAAGGUGAAAUGACUUUUACAGAAAAAGAAGAAUACAAAUAUGUGCAAAGACCACAACCAGUUCUAAGGGGUGACAAUCUCAAACCUGAGGGAGACUUUUAUUCUCCGGAAAAACCUCAAUAUAAACCAGGCGAACGACCCUCUCAAGUACGCCCUGAAGACAAUUUGAAACCAGAAGGCGAAUUUUAUACCCCUGAUAAACCUGGCUUCAGGCCAGCUGAGAGACCUCAACAGAAACGACCAGAGGAUAACUUAAAACCAGAAGGUGAUUUCUAUGCUCCAGAAAAACCUUCGUACAAACCUGGUGAAAGGCCUUCGCAAAUUCGUCAGGCUGAUAACUUGAAACCAGAAGGUGAUUUUUAUACACCAGAAAAACCUGGAUUUAAACCUGCAGAAAGACCUCAACAAAAACGUCCUGAGGAUAAUUUGAAGCCAGAAGGUGAUUUUUACGCUCCCGAUAAACCCUCCUACAAGCCAGGCGAAAGACCUACUCAGGUUCGUCAUGAAGACAACUUAAAACCUGAAGGUGAUUUUUAUACUCCAGAAAAGCCAGGUUUUAAGCCAGCAGAAAGACCACAACAAAAACGCCCCGAGGAUAAUUUAAGACCGGAGGGAGAAUUUUACACACCAGAAAAACCUGGAUUUAAACCUGCAGAAAGACUUCAACAAAAACGCCCUGAGGAUAAUUUGAAGCCUGAAGGUGAUUUUUACGCUCCGGAUAAACCCUCCUACAAACCUGGUGAAAGACCUACUCAAGUUCGCCAUGCAGAUAACUUGAGACCAGAAGGCGAUUUUUAUACUCCAGAAAAGCCAGGUUUUAAGCCUGCAGAAAGACCACAACAAAAACGACCAGAGGAUAAUUUAAAACCAGAAGGUGACUUCUAUGCGCCUGAAAAGCCUUCUUAUAAGCCAGGUGAACGGCCCACUCAAGUUCGCCCAGAAGACAAUUUAAGACCUGAAGGUGAAUUUUAUACUCCAGAAAAGACAGGUUUUAAACCAGCCGAAAGACCACAACAAAAACGUCCAGAAGAUAACUUGAAACCAGAGGGAGAUUUUUACACACCGGACAAACCUUCAUACAAACCUGGCGAAAGGCCAACGCAAGUUCGCCAUGAGGAUAAUUUAAGACCUGAGGGUGAGUUUUAUACCCCUGAAAAACCUGGCUUCCGACCAGCAGAAAGACCUCAGCAAAAGCGCCCAGAAGACAAUCUUAAACCAGAAGGUGAUUUUUACGCUCCCGAUAAACCGUCGUACAAACCAGGUGAAAGACCUACUCAAGUUCGACCUGAAGACAAUUUAAGACCAGAAGGUGAAUUUUACACUCCAGAAAAACCUGGCUUCCGACCAGCAGAAAGACCUCAGCAAAAACGUCCAGAAGACAAUCUCAAACCAGAAGGUGAUUUUUACACUCCGGAUAAACCUUCGUACAAACCAGGCGAAAGACCCACACAAGUUCGGCCAGAAGACAAUUUAAGACCAGAAGGUGAAUUUUACGCUCCCGAAAAGCCUGGAUUCAAACCAGCGGAAAGACCACAACAAAAACGACCGGAAGAUAAUCUAAAACCUGAAGGCGAGUUUUAUGCACCAGAUAAACCAACAUAUAAACCUGGUGAAAGACCAUCUCAAGUUCGUCCCGAAGACAAUCUUCGACCAGAAGGUGAAUUCUACACCCCAGAAAAGCCAGGAUUCAGACCAGCAGAAAAAACGGAAAGGGUUAUUAGAAAGGACAAUCUUCGCACAGAAGGAGAAAUGUUUUUCACAGAAAAAGAAGAAUAUCAUUAUGUUAGCCGACCCGAACCUGUCAAAAGAUUGGACAACUUAAAACCAGAAGGUGAAUUUUAUACUCCUGAAAAACCUAAAUUUGUUCCAGGUGAAAGACCCACUCAGGUACGUCACGAUGAUAACUUAAAACCCGAAGGAGAAUUCUAUACACCAGAAAAACCUGGAUUCAGACCAGCAGAACGUCCCACACAGAAGAAACCAGAGGAUAAUCUGAAACCUGAAGGUGAAUUCUAUACCCCAGAUAAACCUGGAUAUAGACCAGCAGAACGACCUAUUCAGAAAAAACCGCAAGAUAAUUUGAAGCCAGAGGGCGAAUUCACUGUUCCGGAUAAACCAACCUUCACCCCUGCUGAAAAAACCGAGCGUAUUAUUAGGAAGGAUAAUUUACGUACCGAGGGUGAAAUGCAUUUACCGAGAAAACCUGGUUUCCGUCCAGCUGAAAGACCAGUUCAAAAGAAACCAGAGGAUAAUUUAAAACCGGAAGGAGAUUUCUACACCCCGGAGAAACCAGGUUUCCGUCCAGCUGAGAGACCGGUACAAAAGAAACCAGAGGACAAUCUUAAGCCUGAAGGCGACUUCUACACCCCAGAAAAACCUGGUUUCCGCCCAGCAGAAAGACCUAUUCAAAAGAAACCCGAAGACAAUCUAAGACCUGAAGGUGAAUUUACGGUUCCAGAUAAGCCUGUUUUUAAACCAGCUGAACGAACUGAACGAAUUAUAAGAAAAGAUAAUCUACGUACUGAAGGUGAAAUGACAUUUGUUGAGAAGGAAGAAUAUCAGUAUGUUAUGCGACCAGAACCUGUAAGGAGAUUAGAUAAUCUUAAGCCUGAAGGAGAAUUUUAUGCUCCAGAAAAACUGAAAUACGUACCAGGCGAAAGGCCAACACAAGUAAGACCAGAAGAUAAUCUUAAACCAGAAGGAGAUUUCUACACCCCAGAAAAACCAGGUUUCCGUCCAGCUGAACGGCCAGUUCAAAAGAAACCAGAGGAUAAUCUUAAGCCUGAAGGCGAUUUCUACACCCCAGAAAAGCCAGGUUUCCGUCCGGCUGAACGUCCAGUUCAAAAGAAACCAGAAGAUAAUCUUAAGCCUGAAGGCGAUUUCUACACCCCAGAAAAACCAGGUUUCCGUCCGGCUGAACGUCCAGUUCAAAAGAAACCAGAAGAUAAUCUUAAGCCAGAGGGAGAUUUCUAUACUCCAGAGAAACCUGGUUUCCGUCCAGCUGAAAGACCAGUGCAGAAAAAACCGGAGGACAAUCUCAAACCUGAGGGUGAUUUUUAUGCACCAGAAAAACCGAAAUACGUUUCCGGUGAAAGGCCUUCACAAGUUCGCCCAGAAGAUAACUUAAGGCCAGAAGGAGACUUCUAUACACCUGAUAAAACAGAUUUCCGACCAGCCGAAAGACCAGUGCAAAAGAAACCGGAGGACAAUCUCAAACCAGAAGGUGACUUUUAUACACCAGAGAAGCCUAAAUACGUUUCAGGCGAAAGGCCAUCACAGGUUCGUCCAGAAGAUAAUCUGAAACCUGAAGGAGAUUUCUAUACUCCGGAAAAGCCCGGUUUCCGCCCAGCUGAAAGACCCGUUCAAAAGAAACCAGAAGAUAAUCUCAAGCCUGAGGGUGAUUUCUAUACUCCAGAAAAACCUGGCUUCCGUCCAGCUGAAAGACCAGUGCAAAAGAAACCAGAAGAUAAUCUGAAGCCUGAAGGAGAUUUCUACACUCCAGAAAAGCCUGGUUUUCGUCCAGCUGAAAGACCAGUGCAAAAAAAACCAGAAGACAAUCUCAAACCAGAAGGAGAAUUUUACACACCUGAGAAACCUGGUUUCCGACCUGCAGAAAGACCUCUUCAAAAGAAACCCGAAGAUAAUUUGAAGCCAGAGGGUGAUUUCUAUACACCAGAGAAGCCCGCCUACAUUCCUGGCGAAAGACCAUCUCAAGUUCGUCCAGAGGAUAACUUAAGGCCAGAGGGAGAUUUUUCAGUUCCCGAUAAGCCAUGUUAUAGGCCAGCAGAAAAAACAGAACGCAUUGUAAGGAAAGAUAACUUGCGAACAGAGGGUGAAAUGACAUUUGUUGAAAAAGAAGAAUACCAGUACGUUAAAAGGCCUGAGCCCGUUAAACGUUUGGAUAAUUUGAGACCAGAAGGAGAAUUCUAUGCCCCUGAAAAACCAAAGUUUGUUGCUGGAGAAAGACCUUCCCAGGUGCGUCCGGAGGAUAAUCUGAAACCAGAAGGUGAUUUUACAAUUCCAGAAAAGACUACUUACAAACCUGCUGAAAGGGUUGAGCGUAUUGUAAGAAAAGAUAAUCUACGUACUGAAGGAGAAAUGACAUUUGUCGAGAAGGAAGAUUAUCAAUUCGUCGUCAGGCCUGCCCAAGUACGUCCCGAAGAUAACUUGAGACCUGAAGGUGAUUUCUAUACUCCCGAAAAGCCUGGUUUCCGUCCAGCCGAAAGACCAGUUCCUAAGAAGCCAGAGGAUAACCUGAAGCCUGAGGGAGAUUUUUACACCCCUGAAAAACCUGGCUUCCGCCCUGCUGAAAGACCUGUACAAAAGAAACCUGAAGACAAUCUGAAACCCGAAGGAGAUUUCUAUACACCCGAUAAACCUAAAUACGUUUCCAGUGAGAGGCCUUCCCAAGUUCGUCCUGAAGAUAAUCUUAGACCCGAGGGAGACUUCUAUACACCAGAGAAGCCUGGAUUCCGUCCGGCCGAAAGACCAGUUCAAAAGAAACCAGAAGAUAAUCUUAAGCCUGAAGGAGAUUUCUAUACUCCAGAAAAACCAGGAUUCCGUCCAGCUGAAAGGCCUGUGCAGAAGAAACCGGAAGAUAAUCUUAAGCCUGAGGGAGAUUUCUACACGCCUGAAAAGCCUGGUUACCGUCCGGCUGAAAGACCCGUUCAAAAGAAACCAGAAGAUAAUCUCAAGCCAGAGGGUGAUUUUUACACACCCGAGAAGCCUAAAUUCGUUUCGGGUGAAAGACCUUCACAAGUUCGUCCUGAGGAUAACCUUAAACCAGAAGGAGAUUUCUACACUCCGGAAAAACCUGGUUUCCGUCCUGCUGAAAGACCUGUUCAAAAGAAACCAGAAGAUAAUCUCAAACCCGAGGGUGAUUUCUAUACACCCGAUAAACCUAAAUACGUUUCAGGUGAAAGACCUUCUCAAGUUCGUCCUGAAGAUAAUCUUAGACCCGAGGGAGACUUCUAUACACCAGAGAAGCCUGGUUUCCGUCCGGCCGAAAGACCAGUUCAAAAGAAACCAGAAGAUAAUCUUAAGCCUGAAGGAGAUUUCUAUACUCCAGAAAAACCAGGAUUUCGUCCGGCUGAAAGGCCGGUGCAGAAGAAACCAGAAGAUAAUCUUAAGCCUGAAGGAGAUUUCUAUACGCCUGAAAAGCCUGGUUACCGUCCGGCUGAAAGACCCGUUCAAAAGAAACCAGAAGAUAAUCUAAAGCCAGAGGGCGAUUUUUACACGCCCGAGAAGCCUAAAUUCGUUUCGGGUGAAAGACCUUCCCAAGUUCGUCCUGAGGAUAACCUUAAACCAGAAGGAGACUUUUAUACACCUGAGAAGACUGGUUUUCGACCGGCUGAAAGGCCUGUUCAAAAGAAACCUGAAGAUAAUCUUAAACCGGAAGGAGAUUUCUACACGCCUGAAAAGCCUGGUUUCCGACCGGCCGAAAGGCCCGUUCAAAAGAAACCAGAAGAUAAUCUUAAGCCUGAAGGAGAUUUCUAUACUCCCGAAAAACCUGGUUUCCGUCCUGCUGAAAGACCUGUUCAAAAGAAACCAGAGGAUAAUCUGAAGCCUGAAGGAGAUUUCUACACACCUGAAAAGCCUGGUUUCCGCCCUGCAGAAAGACCAGUACAAAAGAAACCCGAAGAUAAUCUUAAGCCUGAGGGUGAGUUUACUGUUCCAGAAAAGGCAGUUUUUAAACCGGCUGAGAAAACGCAAAGAAUAAUUCGUAAGGACAAUCUACGUACUGAGGGUGAAAUGACCUUUGUUGAAAAAGAAGAAUAUAAAUAUGUUAGAAGACCUGAACCUGUUAAGAAAGGAGACAAUCUUAAACCAGAAGGCGAAUUUUAUGCCCCUGAAAAACCGAAAUUCAUUCCUGGUGAACGGCCAUCCCAAGUUCGACAUGAAGAUAACCUUAAGCCUGAAGGCGACUUUUAUUCUCCCGAAAAGACAGGUUAUAAGCCUGCAGAAAAGGUGGUACAAAAGAAACCCAAGGACAACCUUAAGCCUGAAGGUGAAUUUACAGUUCCUGAUAAGCCAACAUUCAAACCAGCUGAAAAAACUGAACGGAUUAUAAGAAAAGACAAUUUACGCACUGAAGGCGAAAUGACAUUUAUUGAAAAAGAGGAGUAUCAAUAUGUGAAGAGGCCUGAACCCGUAAAAAUGAAAGAUAACCUUAAACCAGAGGGUGACUUCUAUACCCCAGAGAAAGAAGGUUUUAAACCAGCAGAAAGACCUGUACAAAAGAAACCACAAGAUAAUCUUAAACCAGAGGGUGAUUUCUAUACCCCAGAGAAGCAAGGCUUUAAACCGGCAGAGAGACCAGUUCAAAAGAAACCACAAGAUAAUUUGAAACCAGAGGGUGACUUUACCGUUCCGGAUAAACCUACCUAUAAGCCAGGAGAAAAAACAACACGUAUUAUUAGAAAAGAUAAUUUGCGUACAGAAGGUGAGAUGACAUUUGUUGAAAAAGAGGAAUACAAAUAUGUUAAGAGGCCAGAGCCGAUCAAACAGUCCGAUAAUCUUAAGCCUGAAGGUGAAUUUUACUCACCAGAAAAAAGUGGAUUUAAACCAGCUGAACGACCAUCACAAAAGAAGCCUGUUGAUAAUCUAAAACCAGAAGGUGAUUUCUAUGCUCCCAGCAAACCUGGUUUUAAACCUGCCGAACGUCCUGUUGCAAAGAAACCGGUUGAUAAUUUAAAACCUGAGGGAGAUUUUACAACUCCUGAAAAACCUUCUUAUAAGCCAGCUGAUAAAGUUCAGCGAGUCAUACACAAAGACAAUUUGCGAACGGAGGGUGAAAUGACAUUUGAGCAAAAAGAAAUAUACCAACAUGUGAAGAGGCCAACUCCUAUUAAACCCACUGACAAUCUGAAGCCCGAGGGAGAGUUUAUUACACCAGAAAAGCCUUUAUAUAAACCGGGUGAAAGAGUAGAGCGCGUUAUACACAAGGAUAACCUGCGUACAGAGGGUGAAAUGACAUUCGAUAGAAAGACUACUUACCAACAUGUAAAGAGACCAACACCAAUCAAACCUAACGAUAAUUUGAAACCAGAAGGCGAAUUCGUUAAACCAGAAAAAUCUCCAUAUAAACCGGGAGAGAGAUUAGAGCGUGUGGUGCGCAAAGACAAUCUUCGAACUGAAGGUGAAAUGACAUUCGAACAAAAGGAUACGUAUCAGUACGUUAAGAGACCGACACCAAUUAAACCGUCUGAUAACCUAAAACCAGAAGGAGAUUUUUACAAAAAGGAGAAACCCACGGGCCCCAAAGAUGUUGUCGAUAGAGCUACUCCUAAACGUCCAGUUGACAAUUUGAAACUCGAAGGCAAAAUGGAAAUUGUUAAAAAGAAUGAAACUAAAACUACUCAACAAACCACUGUGCGUCAAACUAAGAGCAAAUACGCACAUAAUAGUUCUUCCAUUAGUUUGGGAUCAGACAGUUCCAUUCUAAAGACAACAAGUCAGAUGAGUUUUGCAUCUGGUAAGACUGCUGUUCCUGUUACUGAUUUAACAACUGAAAAACCAGCCGAUGGUAUGGUCAUUGUCUCUACAAAAAAGGUCAUCACUGUUGUUGGCGGUAAAUCCAGAAAGGAACCCGAAACACAGUACAUCAGAAGACAGGGCAAGGUAAAUGUCAUUGAAAAUGUGGAAAAAUCAUCAACUACGAAGAAUAUAAAGAAUGUGGAAAACAUUCACCACGAAGACGUUUCCCUUACCCAAAACCGUGUAACGGCAAGAAACAAAACUAUAGUCGAUUCAACACAACAUGAUAGCAAGCAUAUAACAAAUGGCAGCACUUCUGUGACGAACAGUAUUCAAAAUAACUCAACAGUACAUGGUACACAUAGAAUAACAUCCGACAAUCAACACCAGCACACAUGCCUGGCUGAUAAACUCACGUCUUCGAACCAACACAUACAUACCGAUGGCACAACUAUAAUUAGAAGAGCUACCUGUGUUAACCAGAGACAUGGAACUUCUUCUGAUAUGAAGAGCUUAAUUAGUGGUGGAGGAAGCAGUGGUCAUGUAACGCACACCCACGAUACUGCAUCAAAGGUUGCAAAAACCAUGAAUGGUAGUACCAACAAUGUGGCCCGCACUAGCUCAACAAACAUCAGCUCAAAUAGUUUAGAAAGCUCUAGUGCCACCUCAACUUCGACAAUGUCGAGCAGCAAGCAGUUCCAUCAUCGUAAAACAGAAUUUUCAUCCGAAUCCAAUGUGGCCAAUACAAUAUUGCAACGUAAAAAUGCACCAGCCGAAACCAAUCAGUUUGGUAGUCUUACAUCAAAUGCUAAGAUACAACGCAAGAGUAUAUUGAAUCUUAACGAACAACCCUCGAGCAAUUGGUUACCCAGUGAAAGACAAAGUUACACCAGUAUCCAUCGUCAGAAAGAAGCAGAGUCCUCAGUUGCAAACAAUCUAAGUGAACGACGCAGCAUAACAACAAAACACCGUGAAAUGAAAGAUCAACAGACUAACAACCGGGGAUCGACGUCGCACCAUACUAUGUCUAUGCAUACAUCCGCUCUCGAUUUCCCAUCAUACAACCGGGCCAGCUCAGAACGUAUUGUCACACGUCAACGUGCCAAUCAAUCAUCGAUUUCUUUCGGAAAUGAAACUUCCUCUUCGUCAAGCCUUUAUAAAAUGGAAUAUAAGACACUUCCGGUCACAACAUGUGCUGUGCAUAAAGUAAAACAAGGUGCAUUCCAACACACUAGGGAUACUCAUGAUCAUAAAUUUUUCAAAAGCAACUAAUUAAGGAAUUUUAAAUUUCUUUUUUCUUUUUGUAAACAUGCAGAAUUAAUUGUUAAUGCAUAUUAUUAAUAUUCCCCCUUAUUUUCUUAUUAUUAUUUUUUGUUAACACAUUAGUUACUAACAUUUACACAUAUAAUACGUAAUAAUAUUUUUUAUACAUAUCACAAUAAACAAUACAAUUGUCAUUUAUUAUUAAUAAAAAGUCUCGAAAUUUAAAAAAAAAAAAGAUAAAAAUUAUUAAAACAAUUGUG